AUGACCAGUUGGAGUGCCUUUGAAUUACUACUUAAUUUACUCCCUCCAACAGUUCCCGAAAAAGGUUUAGCCAAGAGUGUUUUACUUCGAGUUAAGGCUGUUUUAUUAUUUCAUCAAGGUCGAUAUGAAGAAUUUAAAGAAUAUAUAAAAUUAAAUAAAUUUAAACAAAAAGAUCAUAAUUUAUUGCAAAAUUUGUGGAAUGAAGCUAAUUAUGCAGAGGCUUCAAAACAACGUACUAAACCCCUUGAUGCUGUGUCACGUUAUCGUAUUCGUAAAAAGAAUAUUUUCCCUUCGAGUAUUUGGGAUGGUGAAGGAACUAGUUAUUGUUUUAAAAAAAAAGCGAGGGAAAUACUUAAACAGGCAUACAAAAUAGAUUCAAUACCAAAUAUUCAAACAAAACAAGAAUUGGCAAAACAAACAGAAUUAAGUGUUUUACAAGUAUCUAAUUGGUUUAAAAAUCAGAGACAAAGAGCUAGACAAAAUAUUCGGUUCGGAAAUUUAAAAUUAAUUUAA